GGCGACAUUUCAGUUACCAAGGAGACAGAAACUCAGCUUGCAAACUACACAGUCACAAAACUGUCUGUUCACAAUAAAUCGGAAGGAAAGACACAUCACGUUCACCACUUUCACUUCACAAGUUGGCCUGACCAUGGUGUACCAGACACUUCCGCCUUGCUGGAAUUUAUGUGGAGGGUCAAGGCCACCACAAGACAUCAAACACAACCUAUCAUAGUCCACUGCAGUGCUGGUAUAGGCCGGACAGGGACGUUCAUUGCUGUAGAGAGUCUUGUGGAUCAGGCGGCGGCAGAAGGCUUUGUGGACGUUGUCAGCUUCGUCUCCAACAUGAGAGGCCAAAGGAAGAACAUGAUACAGACCAAGGAGCAGUACCUGUUCCUGUACCAGGCCGUGGCUAUGGCUGUGGCAGAGGGGGACACAUCACUGGACGCUGACGCCAUCAGACAGAUAGAUCCCAGUCAUGUGUCUUCCGUUACCAUGGGCAACAGGAACGUACAGGAACACCUGGAGGCUAUGGAAAAUACUCCCGAACUCCUACACAUCAAGGAACGGCUUCUUCAUAAUAACGUCACAACCAGACAAAGAGGAACUAUGGAAUCAGAUGUAUAACAGCGAUUCGCGCACCUUGAUCACGUUGGCAACAGAAACC